ACUAGUAUAUUAAAUUUUAAUCAAAACAUAAACCAUGACUAAAAUUAUUCCUAAAUCUUAUAAAAAACAGUCCCUUAAGGACGAUGAUAUAACUCCCGAGGAAUUAAUAGAAAGAGUUUUGUCUAAUAAAUCCUCAACAUAUAUGCCACCUUCUAAAUUGAAACUGUUACAAAGUCAAAUUACUGAUAAAUCUACCUUGGCUUAUCAGAGAAUGUAUUGGAUGAAUUUAAAGAAAAAAAUUAAUGGAUUGAUUAACAAAGUAAAUGUCUCAAAUGUUGAAGAUAUUGCCUUGAAUCUUCUUGAAUAUAAUCUAAUCCGUGGACGUGGUAUUAUGGUACAAUCUUUAAUGAGAUCACAGGUACUCUCAACCGUCUUUACAAACGUAUAUGCAUGCCUUUUAGCCAUAAUUAAUUCGAAGUUUCCACAGAUUGGUGAAUUACUUGUCAAAAGAUUAGUUAUUCUCUUUCGAAAAGCUUUUAAACGAAACGAUAAAGAUGUAUCUCUUUCCUCAAUUAAGUUUAUAGCCCAUUUGAUUAAUCAGAGAGUGGCUCAUGAAAUAUUGGCUUUGGAUAUACUUACCAUAUUAUUGGAGAAUCCCACUGAUGACUCCAUAGAAGUUGCGAUAGCUUUUUUAAAAGAAUGUGGUCUCAAGAUGAAAGAUAUAGCACCUCAAGGACUUAGACUUAUAAGUGAUCAGCUUCGGACAAUUUUGCACGAAAGUCUUAUAGCAGAUAGAACCCAAACAUUAAUCGACACCUAUUUCCAGAUUUAUAAAGACAAUUUUAAGGAUUAUCCCUCUAUGCUAGAAGAAUUGAAUUUGAUUGAAGAGGAAGACCAAUUUACCCACAUGGUAACUCUGGACGAAGAUAUCGACACCCAAGAUUUGUUGAAUGUCUUCAAAUUCGACAAAAAUUUUGAAACGGCUGAAAAUAAAUAUGAAGAAAUUAAAAAAGAAAUUUUACCCGGUUCAAAUGACGAAGAUAGCGGGACCUCCGGAGAUGAGGACGGUUCAGGAACUGAAGAAAAAGAAAAAGUGAUCGUGGACAAUACGGAGACAAAUUUGGUAGCGUUUCGUCGUACCAUUUAUCUAACAAUUCAUUCGUCACUUUCGCACGAUGAAUGUGCACACAAAUUAAUGAAAAUGGAAAUAAGGCCGGGACUAGAGGAAGAAUUGGCAGCAAUGAUAUUGGAUUGUUGUGCACAAGAGAGAACUUAUAAAAAGUUUUUUGGACUCCUGGCUGAAAGGUUUUGUAAGGUGCUUCCCCAGUACCAAGAAGUAUAUCAAAAAAUUUUCUUCCAAUCCUAUGAAACCGUUCACAGACUCGAGGGAGCCAAGAUUAAAAAUAUGGCCAGAUUCUUCGCCCAUCUUUUCGAUUCCGAUGCUAUCUCAUGGAAGGCUUUUGAAUGCGUUAAUCUGACGAGUCCUGACACGACCUCCUCCAGUCGCAUACUCAUAAAAUGUAUAUUUCAAGAAUUGGCCGAAUUUAUGGGAAUGGAAAAAUUGAAAGAAAGAUUAUCUGAUCCAUUAUUGGAUUCCAGUUUUCAAGGUCUCUUCCCCACGGAUGACCCACAAAACACGAUUAUGGCUAUCAAUUUUUUUACCACCAUUGGUCUCGGGCCUAUCACAGAAAAUCUAAGACAACAUUUAGCCUCCCUCAAGGAGGAACAAAAGAAGCUCAACCAGCUGAAAGAAGAACAAUCUCUCCUCGAGGCUGCCGCCUUGCAAGCAAUAGCUUCGGAAUCUGACACUCAAUCAUCCUCGACUGAAAGUGAGAAUGAGUCUCAAUUAGUAUCCUCAAUUUUAAAUUCUGGCAAUCGUCGGAAUAUAAAAUCUUCCCGACAUAAAAAUUCGAAGAAAGUCGAUAGGGUAGAUGAAAAAUCUUCUCGAAAACAUAUGCCAGAGCCACAUUGCCGCGACAAUAAUGCGGCACUCCCGAAAUUAGUUGGAAGGAAAGAGAAAGAUGUAGAUAGGCAUAGGGGCAAGAAGUCGAAAAGGGUUUCUUCUAAGGAUAAGAUCACAAAACAGGCUAAAAGUUCUAAGAAAAGAAAAUAAAUUUUAAUGUAUAUAUAUAU